GAAAUAAUCGUCUGGAUAGACAUGUCAAGCUCCGAUUAUCUUGCUUGGCAUGCCACGUGGGUAGCCCCGAUUAUUGCUGACUUAAGUAUCGGAGUGUCUAUCUCGAGGACCCACCUCGGGGCUUUGCAAGUCAAUUCGGAGUGCAAAUACAGACUGAAGAAGGACUUCUGGUUUGGUGCAAUUACAUUUGGCGCCCCUCUUAGACGAGGUCAGCUCCCCAGCAAUCUCCCACCUCACUUCCCACCUCUGAUCCCAAAUACGUUCCCUCCUAUUGAUCAUGUCGAAGGAGGAGAUGAAAACCAACCACACAACUCAGCUCAUAACUCAGCUUCCACGGCCAACCAAGACGUAGAUGCAGCUCAUCUUGCUACCAUGCAACAACAGUUUGGUGUCUUUCAGCUAGUGCUGGCUCAACUCUUAGCUCGGAACAACCCUGGUGAUCCCCUUAUCAAUCUCCUUAACCCUACUCCACAACCCCCAGCUCCACAACAAAACCCUAAACCAGUUCAGCAUGCUCCUGCUCUUAGUGAAUCUCAGGGCCAAUCUCACAUAGCACCAGCUCAGCAACCCCUUCCCGAUGAUGUCACCCGGCGUCUAGACAGCUUAGAAAAGCUAGUAGCCGAACAACGAGGUGCCUCACCCUCACACCAUGCUGCUGACUCCAUACCCCACCAACUGAACACCAACAUCACAUUGGAACCUUAUCCCAACGCCUCUGACGCGUUGAUGUGCAAAAUCUUUCCCUCUACUCUCCGAGGUAAUGCUCGAACUUGGUAUUACAGUCUACCUCCGAAGUCAAUUAGCUCUUAUACAAAAAUGACAUAUGCUUUUGCCACUAAGUUUUCCAGUAGAAGGUUGAUCGGGAAAACUACUUCUGAGUUGAUGCGAGUUAAACAGAGGGAUGGAGAAUCUCUGAAAAACUAUAUAAGCAGAUUCAAUGAUGCGGUAUUGGAGGUUAGUUCCUUUGACCAAGCUAUGGGGAUUACAGCUGUGAUCUCUGGUCUUAACCAUGAUAGGUUCCGAGACAGUUUGAUCAAACACCCUGCCACCACCUUUAGCGAAGUGAAUGAUAGGUCUUUGAAAUUUAUAACUGUUGAGGAAUAUGCCAUGUCGCAGAACCCAACUCCCUUUAAGAAUCAAAACCCAAAAUGGAGAGAUGACAAUCCGAGUAGGAAAAGGAUGAGGAUGGCACAGAACCGAGGUCCGAUGUCGACCUCUACACUGAGAUUCGGAAGGCCGAACUCAACACCCCCACAACAAUCUGCAAGUAAACGUCCAGUUAAGCAUCAAAACCGAGCCCAGAAACGAAAGUUUGACGACGUUAACUGGAAGAAUCAACCCAUUACUUUCACAUCUGCUGAUUUUGACACAGUUGUUACACCCCACAAUGAUCCUUUGGUCACUUCUGUCAUGAUUAACAACUGUGAAGUAGAAGGAGUUCUUACCCUCCAAGUUGCUUUUGGGAGUGGCCACACCUAUGUGACUCCUUCAGUCUGGUUCCUAGUAGUCAAGAUGGCGUCCUCUUUCAACGUUGUUAUUGGCCGACCCACGCUGACUGAAAUCCGAGCUGUGGUUUCCCAGUCUCACUUCUGCAUAAAGUUCCCAACUCCUAUAGGAAUAGCAACACUGCAAGGUAACCAGGAGAUGGCUAGACAUUGCUGUAUCAUCUCGGUCACACAACCUAAGAAGGGCAAAGAUCAGGCACCCGAGGCCAUCCCCCAACGGAUUUCUGAUAAUCAGCAAGUCAUGGGUGUUGAGAUAGUAGAUAACCGAUCGAAAGAUGAACCUAGAGCUGCUCUAGUCGAAGAUGUCAAAGAAGUGCUCAUUGAUGAUAGAGAUCCGAGCCGAAAGAUGCAAAUUGGAACUAGAUUAAACUCGGAAGAAAGAGUAGAGCUAAUAGCUAUCCUCCGAGCUAACAAUGAUGUCUUCGUGUGGACUUCGGCAGACAUGCUAGGAAUUCCAAAUUUAGUAUCUCAACAUAAGCUCAGCACCAAUCCAUUGAAGAAACCAGUGGCCCAGAAGCGACGCAAUGAGAGAUUAAGUCUCUUGGAUGCAUAUUCCGAGUAUCACCAGGUGCCGAUGGCUCCAGAAGACGAAGAGAAAACCUCGUUCUAUGCUGGCGAUGAAAUUUAUUACUAUGUCAUGAUGUCGUUUGGCUUAAAGAACGCAGGUGCUACUUAUCAGAAAAUGGUGACCAUCGUCUUCCGAGCUCAGAUCGGCAGGAAUUUGGAGGUUUAUGUCGAUGAUAUUGUGGUAAAGAGCCUAAAAGCAGAAGACCAUCUAGCUGACCUCGAUGAAACUUUCAACAAUCUUAGGAAGAACAGAAUAGGGAUCGAGGUUAAUCCAGAAAAUAUCAAAGCAAUUGCCGAGAUGGAACCACCGAAAUCAGUGAAAGAUAUACAGAGGUUGACUGGACGGGUGGCAGCUCCUCAUUGGUUCAUAUUGAAGUCAGCAGAUAAGUGCCUGCCAUUUUUCAAGAUUAUGAAGUCAGCCGCCCAGAAGGAUGAAUCAGGAAAACAAAAGAAAUUUGAAUGGAACCAGGAACGCCAAGCCGCAUUCGAAGAGCUGAAGUCUUAUCUUAACUCACCACCUCUACUGACUAAGGCCGUAGAUGGAGAGAUUUUCUAUUUGUAUCUGGGAAUUUCAGAUGAAGCCAUUAGUUCGGUUCUGGUGAGAGAAGAAGCCAAGCAACAGAAACUUAUAGCUGCACGGAGCAGCAAUGUGCUGCACGGAGCAAAGUUGAGGUAUCCUAUAGUUAAGAAAGCAGCUUUAGCAGUCGUCACUUCGGCCAGGAAGUUAAGGCCACAUUUCCAAUUACACCCAAUCAUUGUCCUUACAGAUCAACCUCUCCGACAAAUUCUGCAGAAGCCAGAGUGCUCUGGAAGAUUAAUUAAUAAGGGUUCAAGAGCUGGUGCUUUAUUAAUUGGCCCAGAUGGAUACCGAAGUGAACAUGCCCUAAAAUUUAACUUCGAUCCAACAAACAACAUAGCUGAGUAUGAAGCUCUGCUGCUUGGUCUACAGCUAGCAUUGGAGUUGAAAAUCAACGCGAUCCAAGUAUACAGUGACUCCCAGUUGGUGGUGAACCAAAUCAACUCAAUCUGCGAAGUUGUUGAUCCUGUAAUGGUGAAAUAUGUAGCCCUGGUGGUUGAGCUAAAGUGCAAAUUCCAGAAAUUUUGUCUGAGUAAAAUUCCUCGAACUGAGAAUGAACAGGCAGAUUCACUCUCUAAAUUUGCCUCUGAUAGCUCUUUAAGUUCCAGAUCAGUUUUUGUGGAGGUCUUAGAUAAACCAAGCUUUAUGAAGCCACGGAUGAUAGAGAUCAGCACAGACCCUGACACGCCGAGUUGGACUGACUCAAUUAUCUCAUUUUUACGAGAUGGGAUAGUACCUGAGGACAGGUCGGAGGCAAUGAAGUUGAGGAAAAAAGCAUCUCGGUAUACACUCAUUGAUGGGUUCCUCUAUAAGAGAUCAUUCUCACUCCCUCUUCUACGGUGCUUAAAUCCCUACGAAGCUGAGUAUGCACUUCGGGAGAGAUAUUCGAAGUGCCAAUUGUUUGCACACCUGACUCACCAACCAGCAGAAGAGCUCACGAACUUGGUAGCACCAUGGCCAUUUGCUCAGUGGGGACUGGAUCUUUUGGGCCCAUUUGCGAAAGGGGUUGGUGGUGUAACCCAUCUGAUUGUUGGUGUAGAUUAUUUCACAAAAUGGGUUGAAACUCGGCCAUUAUCCUGUCUUAUCUCCAAGAAGGUCGAAGACUUUGUUUUCAGCUCGAUCAUCUGCAGAUAUGGGAUCCUGAAUCAGAUUGUGGCUGAUAAUGGAACUCAAUUCAACUACACCUCUUUCCAAUAUUUUUGUUCCAGCUACGGGAUCAAAUUACAGUUCACUUCGGUUUACCAUCCGGAGUCCAACGGUAUGGUAGAAUCUGUCAAUAAAUGCAUUUUAGAAGGAAUAAAGCUGAGGUUGGAACAGCACAAGGCCAAGUGGGCAGACGAGCUCAAUAACGUCCUAUGGGCAUAUAGAACAACUAACCGAACUGCCACAGGUGAAACACCUUACCACUUGGCCUUUGGUACUGAAGUAGUCAUUCCUAUUGAAAUAGGAGUCCCAAGCUUUUGGGUCACCCAUUUCGAUGAAGGACGAAAUGGACAACUGCUUCGGGAAAAUCUUGAUCUUCUUGUUGAAGUUAGAGAAGAAGCACGACUUCGAACUCUUGUAUACAAGCAGAAAUUAGCCAACUUCUACAAUAAACGAGUCCACCCUUGAAUAUUCAAAGUAGGAGACCUUGUUCUCAAAAAGGCUAGCCUAAUAGGGUUUGAAACUCGUUUUGGCAAACUGGCCCCAAAUUGGGAAGGCCCUUAUAUGUUGGUCGAAGUGCCACAUCCUGGUGCCUAUAUCCUCCAAGAUGCUGAAGGGAAGAGAGUUCCUAGAGUCUGGAAUAUCAAUAACUUGAAGAAAUUUUACCCAUAAUAAAUUUUUUUUCAAGUG